CGCAUAGAUCUAUAUCUGUGAACUCGUAGCUCCCGCUUGGUUAUAGGCGGUUUUCAUACCUGCUCAGUAGAUUCUUAACGGCACUUUUAUUUGGUAACAACAGAUUAUGUAUUGAUUGGCCACACAGAGAAGCGGAUGUGCUGGUGUAGCACUUCCUAAGAGAAGCUAGGGACCCGAAAGGAAACUGGAAAGGUUUUAAACUGGACUUGCUGUAUGCUGCUCAAAGAAAUGUGCAACAGGACAUCUAGAUGAUUGUUACCAGUCUUCUCCGCUCACUUUGUUGCACAACAUUAAAUGGUACUUCUACCAUAUCGGUUUUCAUUAAUACCUAAUUCAGAAAAGAUGAGCACCACUCAAAGAAAGCGACGCAGAAGCGUAUCUUCAAAUACACAACCACGUAAAAGAAGCCAAGUGACAAAUCCUCCUUCAGCACCGGAAACGGAAACUGAGAUGAUUGAAGUGUUGGAAAACACCAGAUUGCCAAGUGAGGAGGUGGUAGAUCUCACUUGCGAAGGCUCGGAGCCCUUGGUGGUUGACUUGACAAACAACGACUUGGUGGUGAUUGUGGAUGAAGGCCCUUGUAGUAGAAGAUCAGGAGGCGGUGCGAGUUACGUGCUCAGCAGUGAUGAAGAGGACUCCACUGAAGGGGAGGUUUAUGUUUCUGACAAUGUAGGCAAACCGGCCUUCCUCCCUCCUGUGGUGAACAGCAGCUGUUCCAGGGCUACAUCUGGAACAGUUAGCUGUCCAAUAUGCCUGGACGCCUAUGCAGAGAUUCUUCAAAGCGGGCGGCUCAUAGUCUCAACAAAAUGUGGGCACCUGUUCUGCAGCCAGUGUCUCCGUGAUGCACUCAAACAUGCUCAUUCCUGCCCGACUUGCAGAAAGAAACUCACCCACAAACAGUACCAUCCCAUUUACAUUUAGCAGUGUUCCUUGGAAGUUUUCAUGUACAGUGCUGAACGUAAAGGCGAUAGAGGCUUCGUAGACCAUUGGGACAGUUUAUGAGUUAUUUAUAGAAACACUUUUGAUAGACUUUUACUCUCCUGUAUCUAUAAACUUGGAUUAACGCGCUUCCAUUUUCAUUAUGGAUUCAUUUAUCCAAACUUUGUUUCUCCCCAUUCUGAAAAAUCAGCAAAGAUCUUGUUGCUGGAAACUGGAUAUCUUGUAAUAGUCCAUCUAUUAACUGCAGAUUUUGUCUGUUUGUCAGAUUCUAUUCCCAUCCUGUUUAGAAACUGACACAACAAAAUAGUCGUCUUUAUAGAGAGGGGACAGGAGUUCAGUGCAAAAAGCACUUUGUGUGUUUCAGAAAUCCACUUACAGCAGUUGAUUGAUCAGUGCAUGUUUAAAUAGUUAGACUUUUCCUUCUAUUGUCAUCCUCUCUACAGUUUAAAACAUUGCUUUGUAAAAGCAUUGUAACUAUAAGAUCCAUUGCUCAUGAUUGCUUAAAUGAUGCAAUUCAUUUCUAAUUAAAAGGAUGUCAGUCAAUAAGCGGUACUUAAGAGCCUUUGCUUACUGUUGUACUCAGGAAAUUUUAUUGGGAGGUUUGUAAAAGAAAAGUUUGAAUGCACUGAAAGCAAGCCCAGGGCACAGUAUCUUUACCUGCUUCAGGUCCUUCUGUGAGCUGAUGUGAUGAGUGAACCAGUGCAGAUGUUACUGAUGCCAGUGUGCAGCAGGUCCGUGCCACCUCCCACUAUGGAUGGGAAUGUUUCCAGUCAGUCACAUCAAGUUUCUAUGCCUUUACUUUCUGUAAAAUACACAUGUAUUAUUUUGUAUAUAGUGUAUGUUAAGUGAAUAUUAAAAAUGCUUUAUUUAUAGUAUUGCACUUAUUUUGGAAUGUGGUUAUGAUCUGCUGGGUUUUUUGGGGGGGAAUGGUGUUGAGGGUCCAGGUGUUUAGAGAAGGUAACCAUCUCACCUUAAACACUUAGCAUUAUUGACCAAUAUUAGACCAUUUCUGUGGCGAGGUGGGGUAACAGAUUUCAUAUGUGUUUACACAGACUGCAAAGGAUAGGAAUGGUUGCCUCCAAUAUAACUGAACUGAAAUGCAAGUGCAGCAUCAGUACCUGUACACUAACAUGGUGCAUUUUCAUUUAGGCAAAACUGUCAAAUGAAAAAAUAACAAUGAUCCCUUAAUGUGGAUUACAUCAGUCUUUUAUGGAUUAGUAAUAAUUAAACACUUACUACAGUUGUAACAUAAACCAGCUUCUUUAUUAUCUGUAAUAUAUAUAUAUAUAUAUAUAUAUAUAUAUAUAUAUAUAUAUAUAUAUAUAUAAUAUAUUACUUUUAUAUCAUAAAUUGGUUAAUUCUAAGUUUAUAAGAACAUGAUUGCUUAAUGCUAGAUCUCCAGAUAGUUUAAGUCUCAUGAUAUAACUAACCAAAUAAUUCUCAAAUUAUCCUCCUUUUAACCUUAACCAUCCAUGACAUACAUGUGCUGUGCUUUUUCUGCCCUUUUUGAAAAAAGGGCCAAGAGAAGUGAUUUCAGCCAUUAGUACUGUUUGUAAUAGGUGUCAUGUGAAAAAAAAUAUUUUAAAUGUGUUGUAAAUGUAUCUGUUUGUGUGCUUUUUUUAAUUAUUAUUUUUGGUUUUUGUGCAUUUUUGGUUUCCUGAUGAUAAACUUUGACAUUGUCUUCAUACUUGUA